AUGGCUGCUGCAAGACCUGUAGUUUCUGUGUACGGUGCUGACGGAUCCGCCACCGCCGAGCAGAUCAACCUCCCAGCCGUCUUCAAGGCUCCAAUUCGAACUGACGUUGUCCAGUUCGUCCACUCGAACAUUGCCAAGAACGCUCGUCAGCCAUACGCUGUCUCUGCCACCGCUGGCGAACAGACUUCCGCCGAGUCCUGGGGUACCGGUCGAGCCGUUGCUCGUAUUCCCCGAGUCCGUGGUGGUGGUACUUCUCGAUCUGGCGCCGCUGCCUUUGGAAACAUGUGCCGAGGCGGUCGAAUGUUCAACCCCAACAAGACCUGGCGCAACUGGCACAGACGAGUCAACGUCACCCAGCGACGAUUUGCCACCGUCUCUGCCAUCGCCGCCACUGGCAUUCCCUCCCUCGCCAUGGCCAAGGGCCACGUCGUCUCCCGCGUCCCUGAGUUCCCCCUUGUCAUCGACAGCGCCGCCGAGGCUUUGAAGAAGACUAAGGCCGCCGUCAGCGUACUCCGGGCCGUUGGCGCCAUCGACGACGUCAACCGAGUCAAGGAAACCCGACGAUUCCGAGCCGGUCGAGGAAAGAUGCGAAACCGACGACGCGUCCAGAAGCGAGGCCCUCUUGUUGUUUACCAGAACGACGAUGGUAUCGUCCAGGCUAUGCGAAACAUCCCCGGCGUCACCCUCCUCCCCGUCGAUCAGCUCAACCUCCUUAAACUCGCCCCCGGUGGACAUGUCGGUAGAUUCACCAUCUACACCGCCAACGCUUUCAAAGCACUCGACACUGUCUACUCCUCCGCGAACAAGAAGGGCUUCUCGAUGCCUCGACCGAUCCUGGCGAACGCCGACCUUCAGCGAAUCCUCCAAGCCGACGAAAUCAAGGCCGCCCUCAAGCCUCGACGAUCGGCGACGAAGCGAAGCACGGUGAAGAAGAACCCUCUCAAGAACAUCAAGACGAUGCUCAAGCUCAACCCUUACGCCGCCGUUCAGAAGCGAGCUGCCUUCAACAAGGCGGCUAAGAACGCUGCUGAAAAGGCCGCCAAGGCUAAGUAA